CAGUGCUGCACCCUCCCUACGUGUUGCAGCAAAAUCUGUCAGCCACGUUCAUUCUCAGGAUUGCAUUCAUUAAAAUUGCUUCCAAAAGCAUUAGCUGGCUCGUAAGGUUCAGCACUGCUUUGUGUCUUCCCCACUGGAUUGAUUUGAAAAUCACAGGAUGUGUUUCUGAGGCUGCAGAGGCUCCAAGGUUGUGCUGAUCAUCUGAUUCCACUGCAGCACUUUCUGCUCUUGUGCCUUUGAGGUGCCUGUGCCUCACGUGGGAGUGCAGUGGGUUACCUUAAAGGGAAAAUCUGAUGAAACUUCUUCAAGAACUUGUUGUUACAUGUGAUAUCUUAGUGGAAUUUACUGGAAUAGAAUGGAGAUUCCUGACCUAGGAUCUGGAACAGAGCUGCAAACACAUUAAUUUCUCAGGGUGAGAUUGCCUCCACUCAAAGGAAUAACAACAACAUACUGGAGAUACACAAGGUGUAUACCAUUCACCCAGACUAAGAAAAGCUUUGUUCUGAAAGGAACAAAAGAAUCAUGGCAGAAUGUACAGGUUACAAGGAAACCUCAAACCGACACCUCCGUUUCAAACUGCAGAGCCUCAGUCGCCGCCUCGAUGAGCUGGAGGAAGCAACAAAAAAUCUGCAGAAAGCAGAGGAUGAACUGCUGGACCUCCAGGACAAAGUUAUCCAGGCAGAAGGCAGCAACUCCAGCAUGCUGGCUGACAUUGAAGCCCUGAGGAAAAGAGUGCUGAAGAUUGAAGGCAAGGAUGAAGAAAUCAGGAAGGCUGAAGAGCUUUGCAGAUUAAUGAAAGAAAAGCUUGAAGAGGAGGAGAGCCUCACUCGAGAUCUGAAGUCAGAAAUUGAACUCCUUCAGAAGAGAAUGGCAGAGCUGGAGAAGCUGGAGGAGGCUUUCAGCAGGAGCAAGAACGACUGUACCCAGCUGUGUCUUAGCCUCAAUGAAGAGAAGAACUUGACCAAAAAGAUAUCUACAGAAUUAGAAAUACUUAGGGUGAAAGUGAAAGAACUGGAAUCAUCUGAGGACAGGCUGGAUAAAACUGAGCAGACCUUAACAGCUGAGCUAGAAAAGCUGAAAUCCUUAGCCCUGAGCUUCAUCACAGAAAGAAAACAUUUUAAUGAAAGAGAAAAGCAAAAUGAAAAAAUAAUCCAGGAGCUAACACAGAAAUUAGAACAAAACAAUAAACUAAAUAGGGCAGAUCAAACUAGAAAUGCAUCCAACUUGCUAGAAAGGUCAUCCAACAAUCUGCUGGACAGGAAUGAUAUCAGAAUUGAAGAUGACUUGACUUCUGCACUGCCUUCUAAGGAGACCAGGAGGAAGGGAAGUGUGGAUUACCUGAAACACGUAGAAAAUGAAACCAGGAAUAAAUCAGAAAACCAAAAGAAUAAAAACCAGGAAGACAACAAAGUGAAAGAUCUCACCCAAGAAAUUGAGAAACUUAAAAUUCAGAUCAAACAUUUUGAAUCUUUAGAAGAAGAACUGAAAAAAGUGAGAGCCAAAAAUAAUGAUCUGCAAGACAGUUACCUGAGUGAGCAGAAUAAGAACAAACUCUUAACAGGUCAGCUAGAAGAAAUAAAAAUGCAAAUAAAGAAACAGAAAGAGCUGGAGAAUGGAGAAGUUGAAAAUGAAGAUACAAGCUUUUCUAGCAGGGGAAAGCACGACAGACCUAAAUACAGAGGUGUCCUGGCUGAUUUGGCAGCUGCUAAGCACAGGCCAAGGGAGCUCUCACCACAGCAGCGCCGGGAAAGAGCGCGGAACAGAGACUUUGCCCUCAGCAAUGACAGCUACAGCCACACUGCUAAAAGGGUGCCCAGUCCAAGCCUGAUGAACAGAAAAGCAGGGAAAGCUUCUGCUGCAUCUGCCCUUUCAGACACUGCUGCCACAGAUACAAGGAGACUGGAAGAGAAAUCUUUAGUUUCCACUCUUUCUUCCGGUCAGAAGGAAAGCUGCGUGGUGCAGAACGAGGGGAAGAGAUCCAAAGAGCAGCCAUCUGUCCUCAGCCGGUAUCCUCCUGCUGCACAGGAGCAGAAGGCUUGGAAAGCACCUUCCAAAGCUGUUGGUGACACAGGCCUGAGAUCCAAGGUGGAAAAGCCGUCUCAGGUGUUCCGUGGGAGCUGCCAGAACGGCGCUGACGCACGGGAUGAAAAGCCGAGCAAAGGAGAAUCAGUGGGUUCUUUGUCUGAGAGGCUGAAGACAAGUCAGGCUGAGGUCAGUGAGGGCUUGGGGGACCCACAGCUCACCAGGGGUACCCACAGCUCUGCCAAUGGCACAGCCUCUGCUUACAGGUACCACGUGUCCUCCAGCGGGUCAGCCUCAGAGCCUGCUGCCUCCAAAGUGGAAGCAGCGAGCACUUUUGCCUCAUCACACAGACAGCCCUCAGAGGGGAGGGCCAAAAGGGCAGGGAUCUCCCAGGAAAGAGAAGCUGCAGACACAUCACCUGAAAGGGGGAAGCUUUCGACACUGACAAAGCGCUCCCAUCGCUCCAGGAGUCAGGAGGACAUUCUGCAGCUUCUCACAGGUCUUGAUAAAGAAGGCACUGAGCAGUCUUCAAGUUCAGCAGCAGAUCAUGUAAAUAUGGGUUUAAAAACUGAUUCUAAAACCAUACAGAGUAACCAGGAAAAAGUUAAUUCAGAUGAAGAAUCAGGGAGAGGCAAAAAACCAACCGCUCUGUCAGAUUUUGAGACGAGAAAGAAAGUCAGUUCCAAGCAGUUCUCCAAUUCUAGGGGAGUUUUUAGAGCAUCGCUUUUUGAAAAUGACAAAAAAACUGUGAAUGAUGAAGACUCUAGCAAGAGCAUAAAACCAUUAGAUGCCAGCACUGGAGAAUUGAAAUCCAGAAGAUCCUUCAGCCCUAGAGAAGCUCUGAGAUCAAAAGCCAUCAUUAAACCUGCAAUUGUUGAGAAGGAUAUGAAGGCAAUCAUGGGAGGAACUGUUUCAGAGGCAGAGUCAGAAAAACAGAAGUCUACUUUUAAAAUGGUAACAAAUAAAAUGACAAGCAGCAUCACAAUCUUUCCUUCUGAGCCAACAGCUUCAAGGACCACUGCAGAUACAGCAGCCAAGGAAAGGCAUGUUUCCACCAGCAACAUCAGAGUGGCUUCAAAUGAGCCUUCACCACCAGUAACAAACAAUGUCCCUUCACCCUUUGAGGCAUCAAUAAAUAGAAGUGCUCUGAAGUCAUCUGAGGCAGACAGAAGUGGGGAGGCAGUGCUGAGGAGUAAAGCUGAAACAGUGGUCUCGAGAAGCAGCAUUAUGCUAAAGACCUCUGAACUGACAGAGAGGAGCAGUGCAGAGAAUCAGCUCUCUUCCAGAGAGCCUGUGGAGACAAUCAGCUGGAAGAGCCACGGCUCAUCAGAUGCAGGUUCAUCCGAAACAAAGCACGUCACUGUCAGAAGUUCCUGGAGAACAAGGCAAGGCCUGCAUUCCCUGGAGGACUCUCAAACCAAAGUGGAGAAAAGUGCAACUUCCAGUGCCACAAACUUGUGUAGAUCCUCAGUGGACCUUUUAGAAGGGGAAGGGAGUAGUUCAAAAGCAGACUUCAUGGAGCAGCCUUCCUCAAGGACAAGUGCCACAGCUAAUUCUUGGAGUGCCCCUGAGCUGGGCUCCCGAAGGACCAAAAGCAACUUGAGUGCCCCUGAGCUGGUGCCCCGCAGGAGCUGUGCCAGUGACCCUGCAGCAGCUGCUGCCUGGCAGCGCUCCACGCCCCCUGAUGAGAGCAAGGAUUUUGUGUCCAGUUCCAGAAGGAAGCAGUAUGGCUCCUCUGAGUACCUCCUCCAGGCUGACACUCUGGGCAAAAGGACAGCCAGGGUGGAGCUGCAGGACCCUGAAUCCAACUCCCCUGCACCACCAGGGCUCCAAGGAGAGGAGCAGGGCCCUGCCCGCGCCGGCCGGACAUUGCGGAGAUGAGCUGUGCUCCCCUCUCAGUGCCCAUGGUGAAGCAAGAGGCAGGACAGUACCAAGCUCAGAGGCAUCACCACCUGUUUGUAACCUCUCCAGAGGCUUCAAGCAGCCUGGAACCAGUUUUGUAAUGAGAUUUGAAGGUACAAGAGCUUUACCAGUGAAUUCUUUUUCUUCAUUGCUGAAGAGGCAGCUGCAGAGACUUUGCUCAGGGGACUCCCACUUCUCAUCUCUGUACCUGCAAUCCUUAUCUUCCCUGUAGGAUGAUAGCUCUGUCUCCAUAUGGAAAGUCUGACUACCUAGCCUCUCUGAACAAUGGUACUCCUUGCACAAGAGAGAACUUUUUGUUCACUUGCGUUCACACAAGAUCCCAGCAGUGUCCCUGUGAUUGCAUCCACCAGCCCAUGAAGCUGUCCACCACAACUGAAGGCUUUCAGCUCAUAUGGAGUUUGCAUUUUCCUUGCUGGCUGGGGCAGUGGUCACCUCAGCACCUGUGUUUCCAGCACCCUUGGGCAAGAGGAGACUGUUCCCCACUGGUUACUUUACAAAUUGAGAGGGAAGGAGAGCAGAAAAUGUUUAGAAGGAGUUGGUUCCCUAUCACUGUCAGUCUCUGCAACAAGCUUUGCAUGAUCUACUCAUCACCAGGUGAGAUCUGCACCAAGAAAUCCUCCAGUGAGCCAGAGCAACACAGCAGUGACACCUCCUCCUCCUGGGACCAGGUGCCAUUUAUCUGGAGCUUUGUGUUACACUCUGCAGGCAACAGCUCUGUGCUGGUGCAAGGCAGUUGAGCCCUAUGAGAAAAAGAAACAAGUGCUUUUCCUCACAGACAAGCACAAUGUCCUUGUUCCUUCCCACAGCAGGAUGGAGACAGCUGGAUUGGACCCUGAGCUGAUCUGUGGUGGCUUUGGUCUGUGCCUCACCCCUGUCUGCCAUGCCAGGUAUGCUCAGAGAGUGCUCACACACAGAGCUGUGUCCCCACCAGUGCAGCCUCUGUCACUGUGGGGCAGACACGUCCCCACAGCUGCAGGGCUGCUCAGGGCACCAGCAGCUUGUCCUGAGCAGGGUGAUUGUCCCUGGCUCUCACAGCAGGGCCCUGACUGUCCUUCCUUUCCUUCCCAUCCCAUCCCAUCCCAUCCCACCCCAGCUGCUGGGCUGGCCCCCACACAAACACCCCAGUGCUGCCUGUCCUGUCCCUCCCUGCAGCAGGACAGGGAGAAUCUCAGCCAGAAAAGGUCCUUGAUCUGUCCCAGAGCUGCUGUGGGCAGAGCUGCACCCCAACAGCUUCCCUGAGCUGCACCCCACAUUGUGCAGGAGCAGGGACCAGACUGCCUGCACUGCACCUCCCUGUGCUGCAGCUCCUGGCCUGGGAAAUGCACAUCUUAAUUCUGAGAAGAAAAUUAAUCAGAAAAAAAAAAAAAGAAAAAAACCAAUAGAGCUGGUUGCAAAAUAUCUAUGAAAACAUUUCUGUAAAAGGGAUGUGUUUUAGUGACAUGAUUAUUUUUUUAUAAAGAUUGUUUGGAGGAAGGGAAAAAUUAUUUUUGAAAAAAAAAUUAGUUUCUUUUUGGAAUUUUAAAGAUGUUUUCCCAAGUGUAUAUUUUUAACCCCCCAUUUUAUUCUUUUACAUAUCAUGGCAUAUGUGUCAACUUGCAUAACAAGACAAAAAAGAUGCUUUUAAAUUAGUACUGAGUGGCAGCUCUAAUAAUCUUUAAAUUAUAUUAAAAUAAAUUGUAUCAACUGCUCUCUCUUACCAUUGACAUGGUAGUGCUAGUAGAAUGAAAUAAUGGGAAAAAAAUUUAAAGUGAAACUUAAAAUGAAAGAAAGUGAAAUUCUGAAGCUAAAUUCAGAUUUCUUACUGCCUCCCCCUGCCCUGUUUAUCAGGAAGGAUUGGAAAUCCUUAUGGAUUGUGCAAUCUGAAAGCAGUGGAUGUAUCAGUGCUGUGCAUCCUUCCUGAGCACCCUGCCCUGCCCAGCACUCACUGUGUGCCAGGCUCACCACCCACAGCCAGCUGCAUUGUCUGAGCAGCAGCAGCAGCAGCAGCUUCCCUCACCCUGUGUGCCCAGCAGUGCCCAGCUCUGCUCUGCUGCUGCCCCUGACUCUGCCCCUUCUGUGCCCUCCAAACCAAACCUGCUGCCUCAGCUGCCUCCCUCUGUACCUGCCUGGGAGGCAGCUUGGCCUGUCCCUGCCUCUCCAGGGGUCCCAGGGAUCCCUCUCUGCUGGGAGCAGCUCUCCUGCUGCCACCUGGACCGGCCACGGUGGCUCUGGGAGAGCCUGCAGGGUGUGGAGCUCCCCUGCCCUGGGGCACUGCUGGGCACAGCUGCAGCCUGGACAGACUGCUGGACAGCACGGACAGACUGAGGACAAGGAUCACUCUGGGCAGUGACUGAAGCCUCCCCUCACAGUCCCAGCCCCAUCCUGCUGCAGGACAUGGCCUCACACACCACAGGACGUCCCUGCACAUCCAGCAGCUUCCUCCUCCUCCUCUUCCUCACCUUGUUGGCGUGGAUGUGGCUCAGCACAAAGAGCCUCCCAAGGGAAGUGGUUUCAGCUGUGGUGAGGAAAUCUCUGCAUCCCUGUGAGUCAACACAGGGGUGAAAUCAGCUUCCCUGAGCCUGCCCACAGAGCUGCCUUACCCAUCAGCUUUUCUGCUCACCCCAGAACACAACCCCGAGUCUGAAGUGCAAGGGAAGAACCACCAGCAGCAAUGGCUGUUGGGUUUUCUCCUUCUGCCAGCCAGGACAAUGGGAGGGCUUUAGCCCCAGCUAUUGCCCCAGCAACACAGAGCUGCUGCCACUGUCUUCAGGUGCUCCUCACAGAUGAUGUCUCUCCUUUCUCCAGCUGCCUCAGAUAUUUGUUCAAUAUUUUACAGCAGAUACCUUGAACUCCUGCUCUAGACUCAGUUUCACUGCUUGUAAAUACUGGACACAGAUGUCACUUGGUAACUGCACACUGGUUGUUUUUACCACAGCUGAGAUGAAAUCUGAGAAAGAAAACCCUACCUAGUAUGGAAAGGGGCCAUGCCCUCUAGUCAAUGAGUGCAAUAGGAGCUGAUUGUAUUAUUAAUCUUAUAGCAAUGACUUCAGGAAACACAAUGUGUUGACUCGAAUUGCACACUUUUUUUUGAACAGCUGUAAAAUAGAGUAUAUGUGUAAAUAUUGCCAUCACUGAAGAAGUAUUUGUAAUUUUAGCAUAUAAAUAUAACCUGCUUUCCAGUAGGCUCGAUGAUGCACAAGGCCAGGCAUCGAGCCCUCGGGUAAUUCCAAAGUUGUAAAUGUAUUUGCUGUACAGAGGAAGUGUGUCAGUGCUUGCUGCUCCCAAGGAACCUCAGCUGCUGCUCCCUCUGGAGAGCCAGGGCUGUCCCCACAAGGGCUGGCUCCAGUCUGAGGGCCCAGCAGCUCAUGGGCUGCUUCCUGGAAUGCUUCCCUCACGUCUCAACGCCUCUGCAGCUCCUGGAGGCUCUGGGUUCAGCCCGGCCCUGCUGCUGUGCAGGGCAGCCCCUGCCAGGCCCCAGCAAGGGAGAGGGGCAGGAAGCACAGGGCAGAGCCAGGUGCCUUGCUGCUCCAAGAGACACUCACACAACAACACCCAGCUGCAGGUUGAAGCAAUAGUCACACUGGUGUCACUCUAACCUAGCAGACCUCAUCCCUGCCACCCUUGCACACGGCUGAAGCAAUCAGGGCACUGCUCCAGGCCAGCCCCAGGCUGAGCUGUGCACACAACACGAAGCCAUUGUCAGCAGCUGCCCCCAUGAUCAGGAUCCCCCUGGGCUGCAGUGCCGGCUCCUGCUUUGGGGAAGCAGCACUCCAGGCUGCAUGGAAUGUAUUUUUAAGAGAAUAAAUCUAUUUUUUUGUAUUUGUGAACAUAUAUUUGGGUGGGGCAGCUUAGUUAGAAGACAAAUAAUGCAAGCAAUCUUUUCAUAAUCACAGGUUCAUCCGAGUUAAGCAGAUUUUCCAGGGUUGCAGUAUUGCCUUCUCCCCUAAAACAAACUUUGUGUCCAAUAGAGCUAUGAGCAGUGUUCCACCCUUAGAACUUGCCCUGUCUCAGCAUGCUGAGAAGAGGAAAGCCAGCACUUUCCUCCCCAGGCUGCCCAUGCAGUGGAUACAGAUGGUGCUCUUAGUCUGCAUGCCAAAUGUAAACACACUCUUAUCUGCAUGUCUCUCCUGACUCAGUCACUGUCAGUGCUACAGUAUAUAACCAAUAAACACUCUUCUCUUUUUA